UUCCUACAUGCAGCAACACGUGUGUCAUGCGGUCGGGCCUCGCGCACGUCUCUUUCGCUAAUUAUUCCCUUGUUUUGUGUUGGCAAUGAAGUAAGGACCCAUCAAGAUGAAGGAGAAGCCCAAUCGCCAGGCUCACAAGGCCACCAACACCUUCACCUUCAAGAAGUUCAGUGAGAAGGUGCGAGGGCUCCGUGUCAGCGCCAGGAAAUUCCUCCUGCAGCGAGCACAUAGUACCGCCACAGAGCAGACUUCAGUGUUCCACCAGACCUUCUCGAAGUGCAGGGAAUUAAAUCUCACUGAAGCUUUCCAGGCCUUCCAAGAGGAUCUGAAAUACAGCAUUGUGACAACUGCCCAGCUCGUUCACCAUGAAAAUCGCAUUGCUACAUGUUUGACCAAACACCUUGCGGUUCUCAGCUCCCCAGCAUUACAGCCUCUGUUGGAUCUGCUGGUUGCCUUUGCUAAUGACAUCCCACAGGAAUUCUACCAAAACCAUUUCUAUAAGUUCCUUUCAAUAUUGUUACGGCAUUUGUCCACCAAGGAACCAGAACAGAUUGAGUCAGUAUUCUUGUGUAUUGUUUCCUUAUUUGUAGUUCUUCAGAAGUACCUGCGUAAUGAUCUAUUUGAAUUAUAUCAUGUACAUAACUAUGCAAGGCUGCUCUCCAAAUCCCAUCCAUGGUAUAUUAAUGAGUUGGCUGCACAGAGUCUUGCAUUUUUGGUGAGAAAGGCUCCCAACAUGGAAAAUUUCUUGGGCAUGGCUCUGAGGAAGCUGAAGAAAGAUGAAACCCAUGUGGAUGGACUAGGCAGGCUGUUUGCGGCAUUGAUGAAAUCAGAUGUUGUUCAGCGCUUGCAUAGUUCCACUCCGGUUGUACUAAAUCAUUUGUUGAAUCUGCUUGCUGGGGAAGAUGUACCACCAGACCUAGCAUUGCAGGCUGUGUGUAGUGGUAUACUGACAUUAAACUUUUAUAUCACAACACCUCAUCCAGACAAAAUUACCAGGUGGGAAGUAUCUUGGGAGGAAGACUCAAAACUAGUGUGGCCCACAGUCUGGGAACAGGUGAAAUCUAUUCUUCCACACACUCAAACAUCAGACAGCUGCCAUCAUCUACAUGCUAUUAUUCAGGUGAUUCAAAAACUGGUCUCCUUCAAGAGAGGUGCCUUGGUUGCUGAUCUGAAUGAUGCUUUGAAUCAAUGUGUGGCCAUAAUCCAAAUGCCCUUACCUGACAGCAUUGGUACGACUGUGUGUGACAUAGUAUCAGUUUUGCUUACUUCUCGACACCAGCCAUUAACACAUGCCAUGCUCCAUCAAACAGUAACCUCAAUAUUCAUGUCUCAGUACUCUCAUUCAGUUAAAUUUUCAUUUGUAAAACAAAUGGUGGACUUUGAGAGAUUCGAUACAGAAAUUCUCCCAGUAUUACUACAUUAUCUAAGUACAGUUAUAAGCACAACAAAGGAUGCAGAUGUCCACAAAGAUGUUGUUUCUGUUAUUGCAUAUAUAAUAUUGACUAAACAGAUACCUUGUAAUUCAGGCCUAGAUUUAAGUUCUUGGGAAAAAUACCCUAUAGAUUUCACACAAAUAUUAGCAAAAAUGGACACAUCUGUUGAGAGUAAUAUUCCAUCUUACAUUGAAGACAAAGUCUCAGAAGGAAUUCAAGAUGACUUGAGCAACUUGGAGGAGUUACUGCUGAUACUUGUGUGUCUGCCUCACAUAUCACCAUUAAACCAUGAGAAGUUGAAGCCACACUUCCAAGAGAUUCUUAAAACUUCAAUUAUGAAUUUGAAUGAUGUAGGAACCAAAAUUACCCCAAGUGUAGAUGUGACUCCCAAGAAGAAAAAGACAAAAGUUGCAGAUCUUUUGGUUGAUGUAAAUGUCAAAUAUGAUAUUUCCUUAACUAGUAGAAGAUUGCUGUUUCUUGUAGGAAUGGUAGUUGAAGGGAUGGCACAUGUUCUCAGUGGCAAACAGUUUCUUGCAUGCUUAGACAAAUGCUCAUUAUUAGAUGUGCUGAUGCAAAAGCCACAUUACAGGGAAAAUGUACAUUUCUUAAAAGCAAUAGAUCUACAAUUGUCCAUAGCAUCCAGAGAGGAAGCAAGUGAUGUGAUGAAUGAAGCUUUCCUGAAAAGAAUAUAUCCUUCCCUUGCACCAGUCCUUGCCUCUGCAAACCCUCAAGUGCGCCUCUUAGGGACACACAUCUUUUCCCUGUUUCCAGUAACGCUUCCUCCUCCACCAGAGAAUGUGGAAAAUGUGGAGAACAUAUUUCAAAUUAUGCUGAAGGUUGAGAUGACACCUGUGACACCAUUUUCUUUCAGGGAUCGAGUUCGUUUCCUGGAAACAAUUAAUGGUGACCUUGUCAAGGUGCAUAAACCUGUGUGUGACACUUACGUUCAUGCUCCCUUACUCUUCUUUCUUGGUCAGUUAUUUGUUAACUACAAGGAUUUGUGGAAUCCUUGUCUCAAAGGAAUAUCAAGUUAUGCACAUACUCUUCCUUUGGAUUCAUUCUGGCAACUUUGGUUUGCAAAACUGAAAAUUGCAACUGAUAACUGUCAACAGAUGUUGAUCAAUAAGGUGGUGGACCCUGAUGAGGAUCUUGAUAUUGAGAAUGAAAUUAUCCAGACAGUUGUGCAACAUUUGUCAAGUCACCAGAGCUACUCAAAAGUUGUCAUUAAAGCUGAUCACAUGAACUACAGAGACUUGAUGUGGAGGAGCAUGGAGAAAUUCCCUGAUGUGUGUGAGGCUCGUAGCAGGGAUCUGGUGCCACUUUUCUUUGAUUUCUUGCACAAUGAACUCUUUCCUGUUGAUUUUAAUGUAGCUCCCACCCAAAACAUAAGCAAGACAAGAAGAGAAGAAACUUCAAUAGUGGAAGAAGAGAUAAGCAUGAAUGAAAGUGGGAUGGAUGCCUUAACCAAUAUUGAAGACAAAAUACCCGAUUCCUCAUUAGAUGAGGAUCUAGAAUCAGAGGUGCGCUCACGGAGGGUACCACUGAAAGCACUAGGUGAGCAGUUGGCAGUUUUUUCAAAGUUCCAUAACCCCAGAAAGUUGUCUCAGACAAAAAAGUUACAAGACAUGUACAAGGAGUUUCUUACACAUCCAGCACCUUCAGUUCAGAGAAAGGCCCUCAACUGCAUAAUGACUUACAAUUAUCCAUAUCUUGUGCCGUAUACAGAGUUUUUGUACAAGCUUAUAGAUGACAAAUCCUUCAAGAAUGCCAUCACACUCUUCAGUUUAGACGGCUCAGAACAGACUGUUUCAGAGGAGCAUCGUGAAGAUAUGAUGCCUUAUCUCAUGAGGAUUCUCUUUGGUAAGAUGCAUUCAAAGGCUGGAACAGGAACAUCUGGCAAAGGAAAAAUUUUGAUUCGAAAGGGUGUGAUACUAAGGUACUUGGCUGGUGCAAAGGAAAGUGAAUUAAGGAUAUUCCUUGAUUUAGCAUUUGAUGUUUUGUUGAGUCAUAUAGAGGGAGAUGCUUUGACCAUGGUAGAAAGAACCAAGCAAACUCUGGACAUCACAAAGGUGGUGCCUCUGGGAAGGUUGCGAGGUGCUCUUACCACACUGGACAAUAUUAUCAGCAAAAUGGGUAAUCUGCUCAUGGAAUUAUUGCCCACUCUUUUAAAGGUGGUACUCUUCAUAGCAAACCUAGCAACAACACUUCUUGAGCAACGAACUGAAAUUGGAGAUCGAUCUGUAUCCCUCUUGAAACACCUGCGUCAGGAUUCACAUCGACGGCUUAUAGCUUUCUUUAAGAAAUUUGAGAACUACACCUGGUCUGAAAAUGAAAUAAAUGCAGUGUUUGAGGCAGUUGUGUGGCCCAAUUUGAAGCGUCUACCAGAUGAAGGUAUAAGUUCACCUUCAACCUUACUUAUUCUCUUCAAAUGCUGGUCAGAGAAUCCAAGAUAUUUCCCAUUACUUAUUAAAUGUCAUAGAGAAGAUCAUACCUUAACUCCAUUGCCAUAUGUUAUGAAACUUCUAAACCAUGAAAAAUGCAAACCCUCUGUGGUAAAUGUUAUUUUGGAUAUGGUUGAAAAUCUCAUUAAUCUUCAGGAUUUUGAGGAUGUUGAAGAAGAGGCAUAUAUUGAGGGAAAGAAGCCAUCGCCACUUUCUUGUUCACCAGUCAUUCCAGUCAAAAGGUUGCAAUCACGAGAUGGGACAUAUGAGCAAAACCUUGGUACAGCAUUGCUUGUGCCACACAUGGAGGGCCUCUUGAAAAGCAUGAAGAGCAUGGUAACCAAGUUGAGCAAAAACCAAUUGGUAAAAGAGCGUGACCUGACUAUUCUCAGAAAUCUCUCAGAGUGGGUCACAAACAAAGAAAACAGCAGUGAUCUUCUGAGUUUGAUUGCACCUCUUAUUGUCAAGAAAAAUGUGGAAAAGAUUGAAAAGGUUCCAGAGUUGCUCACAAUUUGCAGUCACCUUUUGCAGGUAGUAGACAAUUCAGCUGAGUAUCUAGCGCCAUUCAUUUCUCAGUUUGGAACCAUGGGCAGUCGGGAUGCUAGAGAAUCACUUUGUAAUGUGGUGUCAGUAAUUGCCUCCUCUAAUCCGAAGUAUAAAGAAUUAGCAGAAAUGGCAGAGGAUCUUAAUUCCUGGAACCCCAAAAUGGUUGAAGAGGUUGACUAUGAGAGAAGACUGAGUGCCCAUGACCAUUUCAAGAAGUAUUGUACAUCCACAGAGGUAAUUGAUGUUGAGUACUGUCAGCUCUUCCUUUUCAACAGCAUGUACUUAAUACGCCAGGUUGAUGAUUCUUCGCUGCGAGAUAUGUCAAGUUUUACAUUAUGUCAAAUGAUAGACAUGUUGGUGAGACUGCAGCCUAAAUUUAAAAGUGAAUUUGAACGGAUAGUGGCAAAUAAUUUCCUAACAGAGAUCAGAAAGGGAUUACACAGUAAGAAAGAAAAAGUCAGGAUAGAGAUUAUAUCAUUAUUGAAACAGUUAAUCUUGAAGUGCCAUGGGCAAGUAGAGAGACUUCAAGAUCUUUAUAAGCUUGUCAAUGAAACUGAAACAGAUAUGGACUUCUAUUGCAACAUGGGCCACAUCCAAAGGCACAGAAGGGCACGUGCAAUGGCAAGGCUUUCAGAGAAGCUUGAUAGUGGGGAGAUUUCAUUGGCAUCUUCAACAGUCGAUGGCUACCUUUUGCCAUUGGUUACAUCAUACCUUUUCCAAGAGGCAUAUAUAAAGGAUGAUUAUUUGAUAACAAGUUCUAUAAGUUGCUUAGGGAGUUUAGCCAAGAAAAUGCCUUGGUACUCAUAUCAAAAAUUAUUGAAAUAUUAUCUGAAUAUGCUAUCCAAGCAGGAAUUGAAAUUCCUCAAGCAAGCUGUAAGGGUUUUAGAAUCAGUUCUUGAUGGAUUCCAUGAAGAAGUAGAAAUACCAGCUGUUGAGGACAUAAUAGUGAAUGAGAACAUUAAGAAACCAGAAGAUCCCACUGCCACCCUUGUGGGUACAGAGGAUGUUCAGGCAAAAAUGGGAGAGGAAGGGGUUGUAGAUAAAGAAGAGGAAAAUUUGAUGGUGGAAAAAGAGGAAGAGGAAGGUCUUGGAAAGGAAGAGGCAGAGGAAGAGGUUGCAGACGAUGAAGAAGAGGAACAGGAAAAGGAAAUUGAGCAAGCAACCAGCAUCAGCAAGGGACAAAGAGUGUACGGAGCCUUAGUAGGUGUGUUUAUACCACAGCUCCAAAAGACAUUGGCAGCACGAACUAAAGCUGACACGGAACAUAAGGUUAAUAAAAGUAAGUAUCCAGAAGAUGAGGACAUUAAACGGAUUCCUCUGGCUUUUGCCUUAGUGAAACUCCUUAAAAAACUUCCUCAGAAAAUGCUUGAUACUAAUAUCAACGGUGUGUUAAUGAAGGUGAUUCACUUUUUGAAGUCUAGAGCCGAGAGCAUAAGAGAUGAAGCCCGUAGCAUGCUUGUUAAGAUCAUGGUGGAAAUUGGAGGGAGUUACUUGCUGUGGGUAGUAAGAGAUUUGCGGAGCAUUUUGACUCGUGGUUAUCAGGCACAUGUGUUAGUUUAUACACUACAUGCCAUUCUUUCCCAACUCCGACCAUUGCUGACUUCCACAGAUAUCAAUGUCUGUCUGAGAGACAUGAUAGAAAUCUGUAAAGAAGAUAUUCUUGGAGUACAAGCAGAGGAGAAGGAGGUCAGUGAGAUUACCAGGAAGGUGAAGGAAUCGCGUGGUAAUAGGAGCUAUGCAAUCUUGGCAUUCACUGCAGAAUUCAUAUCUGCUGAGUGCCUUCAGGAAAUCAUUUUACCAUUAAAAGAGGUGCUCACUUUGACACAAGAUAAGAAAGUGGUGAACAAAAUGGUGCGUUGCUUAUCUGAAAUAUGCAGUGGAUUAGAGCGCAAUGAAAACAUCCCCAUCACUCAGAAGUCAGUGUUCAUUUAUGGCAUGCUGAAUGAGAAGAUCCUCACCCUAACAGCAGAAAAAGAAGAAAAGAAACCAUCUGAGAAGAAAGGCCAAGAGCGGAUAGAUUCCUUCAUCUUGGAACCAGAACCCAAGAAGACUCGACUGAAUCCCAAGACAUCAUUUAAAGCAACUGCUCAUGUCCUAAUUGAAUUUGCAGUGCAGUUUCUUGCCGGUCUGCUGAAAAAGGGCAAAUUUAUACCAGAAGAUAAAGAACAUGCUAUGUUGCUGGAUCCAUUCCUUAAGGUGUUAACAAAGUGUAUUGAUUCAGAAUACCCAGAGAUAUGUGUGUAUGCUCUUAGAUGUAUCAGUAUAAUGAUCAAAUUUCCACUUCCUUCUCUGCAAACAGAUUUGAAAAACAUAUGCGAGCAGAUGUUUUUAAUACUGCAUAAGUUCUCCUCUCCGGAACUUGCCAAAGGAAAGAUUUAUGACCUUGUCCAGUUAUCAUUCAAAUCUCUUGCUCAUAUUGUAAAGUCUGUUGACUCCUACUUGCUGAAUGAGGAGGAGCUGAGGAUUUUGUUACAGUACUUGAGUGGUAAUAUACAAGACCACAAUCAGCAGCAAACUGCUUUCGUUGUUUUGCAGUCCAUAAUUGCGCGCAAAAUUAAUGCACCUGAGUUGCAUAAGUUAAUGAGAACAGUGCAGAAAAUGAGUGUUACAUGUGGUGGAAUAAAUGCAUUAACACAGGCACGCACAACAUUUUACACCUAUUUGCUCACUUAUCCAAUGAAGCCUAAAAUAAUAGAGGAACACAUUACUUUUUAUCUUGGAAAUACAUCUUACUCUGAACUAGAUGGUAGACUGUCUGCAAGUAUCAUGAUUAACAAUAUAGUUGCUAACUUUCCAGCAAAACUUCUUGGUAAAAAGAUAGAAACAAAUAUGUGGUUUAGUUUAUCUAAACAGCUUAUAGUUGAAGAAUCACAAGAGAAUAAGACUUUGUUGCAUAAAGCACUCAAAACUAUGUUCAAAAGAAGUAAAGGGAAAAAAGAACUAAUAGACCUUUGUCUCCAGUUAAUAAGAGAGCGGCCAAAAUCUACAGUUAAGACAAAUUCUGUUGCAAUGCAGAUGGGUCUAAAAGCACUAAGUGCUUUUCUUGAUGUUACAGUUAAGCUUCUUCCUGAAAUUAUUCUCAGCAAAGCAGCACCAAUGAUAAUACAACUUUUAGAGCCAUCAAGGUACAGUGUGCAAUUCACUAACAUGCAGGAGGAUACUGAUGAUAUAAACUUAAGCAAGGAGACUUAUCAUAAAGAUAACUGUAUAGUGGCACUACUAGAAGUAUUCACAAAAAUAGUUAGAGCAUUUUUCACCCAUGAAAAUUGGAGCAAACACACUGAUCCUGAUGUCUGGAAGUAUGUGCAAGCUCAUUUACUCUAUCCCCAUAUCCAAGUCCGAUUAAAUGCAGCUGGGCUAAUUGGAUAUUUGUUGGCUGCUCAUCCUGUUGAAGAAAGUGUAUCACCUCCUCUUGCUACAAACACUGACGAAGCGCGUUCACUUGCUUUAGAUAUAUGUGAACAGCUGAGAACAGAAGCCCCAAUUGGUAUGGCACUCUUAACGCAACUCUCACUCUCUGUUAUUAGAAAUUUGAUAUAUUUGGUACGCCAUUCAUGUAAGGUUCCUCUUGUGAAGAAGAAAGGUGGAGAAGUCGAGAAUGUGAAUGGUGAUAGUGAAUUAGCCAAUGGUGAAGGAAAAACUGACAUGGUUAUAGGAAAUGAAGCGGAGCCCAUCCCCAGUGCGGUCUGGGUUGUUCGUCAUGUUGGAAAUUUUGCCUAUGAAGAACUUCAAAGGCAUGGCAGAGAUUCCACCAUUGUCCGUGAGUCUCUGCUCAAUCUCAUAGCAGGCUUAGUGGUUGUGGUUGGAGAGAAAAUUAAUGAAAGUAUGCUGUUAGGUUACAUUGUAAAACACUUAGCCCGUGAGCUCUCAGAUGAAAAGCUCCCUGAAAACCUAGCCACAAAGACAAAAGAGGUGGCAACCAUGGUGAAAGGGCUUGUUGGUGUCGAGGUUUAUACACGUCACCUCACUGCUGCCCAGGUCGUGUUGGCUAAGAAGCGUCAUGAGCGUAAGGCACGUAACAUGCAGCAGCGUGCAUUGAAUCCAGCACUUGCAGAUAAGAAGAGAAAGAAGAAGAAUCUAACAAGUAGGGAAUCUAAGAAACGCAAGAUUGCUGAAAGAAAAGGCAAGAUUAUCAGGAAAAAGAAAGCAAAGUUGAUAGACCGAGCUGUUGUUGCAGAUAGAUAAGUGAAAGUUUUAUAUUUGGUUUUGUAAAUAGACUAGUGUUAAAAUUAGGUGAUUGUUGAUGUUACUCAAACAAGACUUUCAACUGUAAUCAGUUGUACUUCUACAUAUUUGAGAAAAUCAAUGUUUUUGUAAAUACUGUGAACUCUGUCCAUUUUCAGGUGAUUAGUUGAUUUGAAUGCCAGCAGUGUAUUAGGUUUAAUUUCUUUUAAGGGAGUGAUAUAAAAGCUGUGAACAUUUAUAUUAAUUGAUUCAAAUUAAUGAAAUGAAGGAAAAAUGCUUUUCAUCUUGUGUAGUUAGUUCAUGAGUGUUAAUUUGUCUUCAGUUAUUGUUAUUAUUCUGCUAAUUAUCAUAAUUAUCAUUAUUGUUUUUUUAUUACAUAUGACUUUGUAUAUCCUAGGUAUUUUUCAAAAUAAAAUUAAAAGAAACAAA